CAGAUCCGUGGAGAAGACACACACAUUUACAAUCGUUUCAGUGAAGCAACAGAAACUUAUCCAUAGACGAAAUGAAACUUUUCGUGGUCGCCGUCUUCUGCUUCAUCGCCGCAGCUCAAGCUCACAGUUUGACUGAUGAGCAGCUGGCUAAACUCAAAGCCUACAAAGCCGAUUGUAUCGCUUCGUCCGGAGUCACCCCCGAUUUGGUGGAGAAAUCUAAGAAGGGCGAAUUCGCCGACGAUCCAAAAUUGAAAGAAUUCCUGUUCUGCAUCGGCAAGAAAAUUGGUUUCUUGAAUGAUGCCGGUGAUUUCCAGGUGGAUGUUAUGACUGCAAAGAUCACUGCUAAUCAUGGUAAGGAUGCUGCCGAUGAUGUCGUCUCCGUCUGCACUGCUAAGAAGGAAUCAUCCGGUCCAGAAACCAGCUUCGCUUUAGCCAAAUGUCUUUACGAGAAAUCCAAGCAACACAUCACUUUGGCCUAAACUCAUUACAUCAAUUUUGGGAAUUACUAUGAAGAAAUGUUUGUACUAAAAAAA